ACCAGACACCGGAAGAUGUCAUGAUAGUAAGUGAUCUAAAAAAUCGCCGUGCCAUCUCGCUCUAGAGCCUUGAGUAGAAAAGUGACAGCUCCGUUACGUGAGGGGCUCGACAGGUAUCACUGAGGGCAGCACGUGGGAGUUUUUCAAUUCCCAAAGCUAGUUUCUUGUCCGAGGCUCUUUCGUGGAAUGACCCAGUCCGCUGGAGGGGUUGAGGAUAACUCCAGCUGAAUAAGCUAAAGUUCGUCGGGUUUAUUCUGGCCGGUGUGUGAAGCUUCCCCAUGUCUGCUGUACUGUGCCAGUUCGUCGCUGUUCCUUACCAUCGAUGCUUCCCUUGUUCCUGUCUUUUCAACCCAGCCUAGUCCAGUCCAGAGCACUGCGGAGGCUGGUAAAGAGACCCUGCCAUGCGUGAAUACAAGCUUGUGGUGUUGGGCUCUGGUGGUGUGGGCAAGUCAGCCUUGACCGUCCAAUUUGUUCAGGGGAUAUUCGUGGAGAAGUAUGACCCUACAAUUGAAGACUCCUACAGAAAGCAAGUUGAAGUUGAUGGCCAGCAGUGCAUGUUGGAAAUCCUGGACACAGCAGGAACAGAGCAGUUCACAGCCAUGAGGGAUCUGUACAUGAAGAACGGUCAGGGCUUUGCUCUCGUCUACUCAAUUACAGCUCAGUCUACAUUCAAUGACUUGCAGGACUUACGAGAGCAGAUACUACGUGUAAAGGAUACAGAAGAUGUGCCAAUGAUCCUAGUUGGCAAUAAGUGUGAUCUGGAGGAUGAAAGAGUUGUGGGGAAAGAACAGGGGCAAAAUCUAGCCCGUCAGUGGAACAACUGUGCCUUUUUAGAGUCUUCAGCCAAAUCAAAAAUCAAUGUCCUUGAUAUCUUCUAUGACUUGGUCAGACAAAUUAACAGGAAAACACCAGUGGAAAAGAAGAAAGCAAAAAAGAAGUCUAAUUGUGUUCUCCUGUAGUGCUGGCGUCUGCUCUGAGUAAGAAUGCUGUAAUGAAGAUAUGUCAGCUUGUUUGGAUCAUGCCAGCAUUCCCAUCCUCAGAGAGUGACUCAGUGGAACAGCUGACUCAAAGGAGCACUGGACAUGGGAAACGAGAUCACCAGUCACAGCUCUCUUUAUUUCCUGUUCCUGUAGACAAGCAAUUUCAUUAGAAUUGGGAACAUCUUGAUGCUUCCCUGAGCUUCUGGACUUUUUACUUCAAUGACUGUGUGGAUGAUGAAGAAAUUGCACAUCAAAUUAACAUAGUUAUGAAGAUCCAUAAAGCACACAUUUUCAUUUACUUUGUGAUUCUUCAUCUGGUUUUUGUUUUGUUUUACUUUUAAGAUGGCAAUAAUUGAAGUCUUUCAAGGAGAUGAAUCAGAAUUUUCACCACAUUUUUAUUCCUUUAAACUGUGCUUUUCAACGACCUUAUCACCUGUUGAAAAUGCAAAAUUAGACAUCAAAUUAAUGGUGUUUGUUUGCACAGUACUGUGUUUAAGGACAUGGAAUAAGACAGUGUUCAAUUUCCAGUUAUCAGCGAGCAACAUGGCCAUCUUUGUAAAUGUAAAUGAUGUCAAAUUCAAAGUUUCCUCUUAGAAGUUGUUGUUCUAUUCUUGAUACAAUGUGUACAUUUCUAUAGAUGACAAACAUGUAUUUAAAUAGUGCUUUGCUGACAACUUUGUACACACUCGCCAGAAAGUGCUGACCCCAUAACCAAUGUAACAUUGAAAUCAGUCACUCAAAUCAUGUAAAUGCCAUCCUGUUUUGUAAGUAAACAGGCCUUUUAUAUGACAUGCAAAAUAUGGGGUAAGGAAAGAAAUCAGUUUGUCUAUCUUGACUGAAAUAUAUUGUACAAACCAACUAGUGCAUCUUAUGUUUAUUGGUCAAAAGAUGUUCUGCUUUUAAGAUUAUUAAAUUUUAGUAUCUUUUCAUUA